CUAGUUUUAACAAAAGAAAUCUGAAAUAUUAAACUCUUAUCCACUUCGUCUCUCUUGCCACAUUUGGCCACUGAACAUUCUGGUCUCCAUACCAAGUAAUUGAGCUUCCGGCGACAACGCUAAAGCAUUAAAAAUACAGUAGCAGCGAUAAUCAAAGUAAUUAAGAUGGAAUCCUGCGCAAGAAGUGCGUUACAAUUGUCAUCUUUGUAUGCUUCUUCAUGCUGUUCUUCUUCAUUCAAUCACAACCAAUUCAGCUACGUUUGGAUUAGUACUCGUCGUCGAAUUGAUCAUGAAAGAGGAAGAACAAGAAAAAAUGGGGAAUUGCCGCAUUUUCAAGUUAGAGCGUCGGCACAAGGCGGACUACUACACCUGGGAAACAUGUUGUUCAACCUUAAGGGUGGCGAUCCUGCUGAAUCCACCAGACAGCAGUAUGCAGCCACCGUCUCGCUUAUCAAUCAGUUAGAACCCCAGAUAUCCAGUUUAUCAGAUGCUCAGCUCAAAGACCGCACCUCUGUACUUAGGCAGCGCGCUCUUUCCGGAGAAUCUCUUGAUUCUCUUCUUCCUGAAGCUUUUGCUGUUGUUAGGGAGGCUUCCAAGAGGGUUUUAGGCCUUCGUCCAUUUGAUGUCCAACUUAUUGGAGGCAUGGUGUUACAUAAAGGAGAAAUAGCAGAAAUGCGAACUGGAGAAGGGAAGACAUUAGUUGCCAUAUUACCAGCAUAUCUCAAUGCUUUGAUGGGUAAAGGGGUUCAUGUUGUUACUGUUAAUGAUUAUUUAGCUCGCCGUGAUUGUGAAUGGGUUGGUCAAGUAGCUCGAUUUCUUGGUCUCAAGGUUGGCCUUGUUCAGCAGAACAUGACAAGUGAAGUGAGGAGGGAAAAUUACUUAUGUGACAUCACCUACGUCACUAACAGUGAGCUUGGAUUUGAUUUUUUGAGAGAUAAUCUUUCCACGAGUGUUGAUGAGCUCGUACUGAGGGCUUUCAAUUUCUGCGUAAUUGAUGAGGUUGAUUCUAUACUAAUUGAUGAGGCAAGAACUCCUUUGAUCAUAUCUGGACCUGCUGAGAAGCCUAGUGAGCGAUACUACAAAGCUGCCAAAAUAGCUUCUGCCUUCGAACGGGACAUACACUAUACGGUUGAUGAGAAGCAAAAAUCAGUUUUACUCAUGGAACAAGGGUAUCAAGAUGCUGAAGAGAUUCUAGAUGUAAAGGAUUUAUACGACCCUCGAGAGCAAUGGGCACUAUACAUUUUGAAUGCAAUCAAGGCAAAAGAGCUCUUUUUAAAAGACGUAAACUACAUAAUUCGAGGCAAGGAGAUCCUUAUAGUGGAUGAGUUUACUGGCCGUGUAAUGCAGGGGAGGCGUUGGAGUGAUGGGCUUCACCAGGCUGUUGAAGCAAAAGAAGGCCUGCCUAUACAAAAUGAAACAAUAACAUUGGCUUCAAUUAGCUAUCAGAACUUUUUUCUUCAGUUCCCCAAACUCUGUGGGAUGACCGGCACAGCAGCUACUGAGAGUGCAGAAUUUGAGAGUAUAUACAAGCUUAAAGUUACAAUUGUUCCCACAAACAAACCCAUGCUACGAAAGGAUGAAUCCGAUGUUGUUUUUAGGGCAACUGCAGGCAAAUGGCGGGCAGUUGUAGUAGAAAUUUCAAGAAUGCAUAAGACGGGCCGGCCCGUGCUUGUAGGAACAACAAGUGUUGAGCAGAGUGAGUCACUGUCUGAGCAAUUACAACAAGCUGGUAUCCCUCACGAGGUUCUGAAUGCUAAACCUGAGAAUGUUGAAAGAGAGGCAGAGAUUGUGGCCCAAAGUGGUCGCGUUGGAGCUGUUACUAUUGCUACAAAUAUGGCUGGUCGUGGAACAGACAUCAUUCUUGGGGGUAAUGCUGAAUUUAUGGCAAGGCUGAAAAUUCGUGAGAUGCUUAUGCCAAGGGUAGUUAGGCCAGGUGAUGGAGGAUUUGUUUCCAUGAAGAACCCACCUCCUAUGAAAACGUGGAAGGUUAAAGAAACUUUGUUUCCAUGCAAACUAUCACAAAAAAAUGCCAAAUUGGUUGACGAAGCAGUACAGUUGGCUGUCAAAACUUGGGGGCGGAAAUCAUUAAGUGAGCUUGAAGCAGAGGAGCGUCUCUCUUAUUCAUGUGAAAAGGGUCCUGCUCAGGAUGAAGUCAUUGCAAAGCUCCGACAUGCGUUUUUGGAAAUUGCAGAAGAGUAUAAGACUUAUACUAAUGAAGAGAAAAACACGGUGGUAUUAGCUGGUGGUCUUCAUGUCAUUGGAACUGAACGCCAUGAAUCACGUCGUAUUGACAAUCAGUUACGUGGUAGAAGUGGCAGGCAGGGGGAUCCAGGAAGUUCCCGCUUUUUCCUUAGCCUUGAAGAUAACAUCUUUCGAAUAUUUGGUGGUGACCGCAUUCAAGGUCUAAUGAGAGCUUUCAGAGUUGAAGACUUGCCCAUUGAGUCUAAGAUGCUGACUAGAGCACUAGAUGAAGCUCAAAGGAAAGUGGAAAAUUAUUUUUUUGAUAUAAGGAAGCAGUUAUUUGAGUAUGAUGAAGUCUUGAACAGCCAAAGAGACCGAGUUUAUGCAGAGAGAAGGCGAGCCCUGGAGUCAGACAAUCUUGAAUCUCUUCUUAUUGAGUACGCUGAAUUAACGAUGGAUGAUAUACUAGAGGCAAAUAUUGGUUCUGAGUCCCCACAGGAAAGUUGGGAUCUUGAAAAGCUCAUCGCUAAAAUUCAACAGUAUUGCUAUCUGCUGAAUGACUUAACCCCACAGUUGCUCUCAAACAACUGCUCAACUUAUGAAGAUCUGCAAGAUUACCUUCGUCGUUGUGGUCGUGAGGCAUAUUUGCAGAAAAAGGACAUGGUGGAGAAACAGGCACCAGGCCUGAUGAAGGAAGCAGAGCGAUUUCUUAUCUUGAGCAACAUUGAUCGCCUUUGGAAGGAACAUUUGCAGGCUAUCAAAUUUGUUCAGCAAGCAGUAGGCCUGCGUGGAUAUGCACAAAGAGAUCCACUCAUAGAAUACAAACUCGAGGGCUACAACCUUUUCCUAGAAAUGAUGGCUCAGAUAAGAAGAAAUGUUAUCUACUCUGUAUACCAGUUUCAACCUGUCCUGGUGAAGGAUCAGGAGCAGCAGCAAAAGGGAAAAUUAGAUAGCAGUGUGGAGAAUAAAAGAAUUGGUGAUGCAAAUCCUAAUCCAGUCAGUGCUAUGGAAUCCUCUUCAUCUGCUAGUCCUCGGAAUACAUAGAAGUCUUUGAGAAAGUAUAUAUGCAACAAUUUGGCCCUUGGACUAAAUCACUCCUCACAGCUUAUAGUUUUCCUUACAUAUGAUUGCUUGAUGUUCUUUGUAAAUUAGGGCUACUGGAAAUUGUAAAGAUCUGCUGGAUUUCAAUUUAUUCAGAAGAACAACCAUUUGAUGUGCUGUGAUAUACUGAUAUACUACUAUGCAAAAGCUAUACAGAUUUCAGUCUUAGUUGUCAGCUAUUCAAAUAGUUCAA